CCAGGGGGCCGAGCCACACAGGUAGCUGAGGGGAGGAAAAAGAAAGAAAAAAAACUCCGGGGCUUGUCAUGGAGUUGGCGUGAAAGAAACACGGAUUUCCUCCCUUCUUUACCAGUUUAACCAGUAUCUCUGGAUACUACACACUCAAGUACUGCGACAGUUUUUACCCUUGUGGUCCCUGAUGGCUUCGCACAGUGAUACUCUGGUGGUGUUCUUUGGGGCAACAGCUGGUGCAAAUGGGGGUAAACUGGGUUCGGAUGAGAGGGAAAUAAUUCUCUUGGUGUGGCAAAUUGUGGAUCUACAUGAGAAAAAGGUCGGGAAGCUUCACAGAUGUGUUGUCAAGCCAGACACUUUGGAGCUGACAGACCAGUGUAAAGAGGAGACAGGACUGACUCUGGACGAUAUCCUCAAGGCUGAGCCCCUGGACAAGGCUCUGCAACAGUUCCAGCAGUCAGUGUCAUCAGAAAUAAAGUCUCUCGGCAGAAGCUCUUGCACACUUUGUGUCAACAGUCCCCUUAUCAUCCGACAGGCCCUUCACCCCGAAGCCUCCAAAAAGAAUAUAGUCAUUCCUGAAUGUUUCUUUUCAUUUGUGGAUGUGAGAAAAGAGUUUCACAAAUGCUGCCCCAACGCUGGCCCUGUGCAGAAGCUAACGCUUUCCUCCAUGUUGGAACACGUUGGUCUUCCUGCCGUCUCAGAGGAACUGAUUGGUGUGAGGGAGGUGGGGAGCAUGGUGCAGCUGAUGCUCUGCAUCCUGGCUGAACCCCACAAUCACAAAUUCUCCUGUGGUGAAACUGUGAAGUACAAGUUUGAUUCUGGCACAUGCAGUAAGACAGAGCCAGUGGACAGUGAGACGGUAAUCAGAGCGCGGGGGCUUCCGUGGCAGUCAUCAGACCAAGACAUUGCACGCUUCUUUAAAGGCCUCAACAUUGCCAAGGGUGGCGUGGCCCUUUGUCUUAAUGCUCAGGGCCGGAGGAACGGCGAGGCCUUGGUUCGUUUCAUCACCUCAGAACACAGGGACCUAGCCCUGGAGCGACACAAGCACCACAUGGGGAGCCGCUAUAUUGAGGUCUACAAAGCCACAGGAGAGGAAUUCCUUAAGAUCGCUGGAGGUACAUCUAACGAGGUGGCCCAGUUCCUGUCCAAGGAGAACCAAGUGAUUAUACGCAUGCGGGGGUUGCCGUUCACCGCCACUCCCCAAGAAGUGCUGUCCUUCCUUGGCUCUGAGAGCCCAGUUACAGAUGCUGCAGAGGGUCUACUCUUCGUCAAGUAUCCUGACGGACGCCCCACUGGCGAUGCCUUUGUGCUCUUCUCCUGUGAAGAAUACGCCCAGAACGCCCUGAAGAAGCACAAGCAGAUCCUGGGGAAGCGCUAUAUUGAGCUGUUCCGGAGUACAGCAGCAGAGGUGCAACAGGUCCUGAACCGAUAUAUGUCCACACCUUUAAUCUCCACACUGCCUCCGUCUCCCAUCAUGCCCGUCCCGGUCCUUGCCACUCCUUCCUUCCUUCCAGCGGCCAGCUGCACACGUGACUGUAUUCGCCUGCGUGGUCUGCCCUACACUGCUGGGAUCGAGGACAUCCUGGAGUUCAUGGGAGAACACACUGUGGACAUCAAACCCCACGGAGUCCACAUGGUCCUCAACCAACAGGGUCGGCCGUCUGGUGACGCCUUCAUCCAGAUGAGGUCAGCCGACAAAGCGUUCAUGGUGGCCCAGAAGUGCCAUAAAAAGACGAUGAAGGACCGCUACGUGGAAGUGUUCCAGUGCUCCACAGAGGAGAUGAGCAUCGUGCUGAUGGGAGGAACCCUGAACCGCAGCGGCCUUUCCCCUCCGCCCUGCAAACUUCCCUGUCUGUCUCCACCCACAGCCUAUGCUGCAUUCCCCACCCCGCCAAGCAUUCUGUCUGAGGCUUCCCUCUACCAGCCCCCCCUGCUGGCUGCACCGAGGCCUCCUCAGAACACUGGACACAGCCCUGCUCACGCUUUGGCCUACUACCCCCCUCAUCCGCACCUGUACAUGAACAUGAACAUGAACUACACCGCUUACUACCCCAGUCCCCCAGUUUCUCCCUCCACUGUAAGCUACUUCGCAGCGCCACCAGGAGCAGUAGCAGCAGCAGUCGCAGCCCAGUCCCACUCUGCUGCAGCCGCCGCCUCUCCUGGGCUGCCCCAGCCUGGUGCCCUGGUCAGGAUGCAGGGUCUGCCCUACAACACUGGUGUCAAGGACAUCCUCAGCUUCUUCCAAGGAUACCAGUACGCCCCUGAGGAGUACAGCAGCUUGGUUCAAAUGAGCGAACAGGCCAGGAGUCUGAUUCAGCCCAAAGAAUGGCUCUGUCUUUAGGGACUCACCCCAAGCUCCAGCCAGACGCCAUCCUCAUCUUGUACAAUUUCAGCGGCCAGUGCAGCGGCGAGGCCUUGAUCACCUUCCCCAGCGAGGAGUCUGCCAGGCGUGCUGUGGCUGAGCGCUCCAACCACCCCUUCUACGGUCAGCAGGUCCACCUGCUCUUUUGCAACUGACGCCGCCGCCUUCCCUCAACCUGUCGUCCCCUCAAAGAGCACUCACCUCCCACCUUCCCCAAGGAACUGAACAAACUCCAGUUGAUAUCAGUGCUCCACGAAGCAGCUACUGAACCUUUACCCUCCCUAUGAUCUGACGUGUAUCACUACACACUACGACGCUGCUGGCCCCGACACUCCUGAAGCCACUGGGGGAGUUUGAACAGCCUCGGGUGAAGCGGCUGAAGUCAUUAAGCCUUGCGUUGUGAUCAUGACUCUGUGGAAGUCACUGUGUAUUAGCACCUACUGUAAUAUCUGGUUGUGGAGAGGAGAUUUUGUGGAGCCAGGACACGUGUGUGUCAGUGGCUCAGUGUAUUUAAAGGCUGUAUAUCAUGUGUUUCUCAUCAAGCUGUAGUUUCACCCUGAAAAGCUUGAGGCUGCACAGACGUCUGCUAAUGAUCUUUUCUGUACGUUUCUGAAUUUUCACUCACGACCACUAGAUUUUUGUUUGUCUUAGAUUAUUGUCCUUUGUGUUAGCUGAACGCAAACACACGUGUAUGGGCGUGCAAAAUGUUUAUUCAUUUAAUGGUCUCCAGUGGUGCCAUUGGAAAGUGAGAAAGAAAAAAGCCAUAAAGACUUGACUUAAACUACUGAAACAAAGACAACUGUGUUCCUUAACUGUCAUGAAUGAAUCUGAACUUUGAGCUGCAGGGACUUUUGGUUAAAAGCACAGUAACAUCAGAGAUGUGCCAGUGAAUCGAUGAAUGUGUAACAUGUUGUUUUUUUCUCUAUAAAGCAUUUAUGUAUAUGACGUGUGUCAUCAUCCCAGUUAGACUUUUUUGUCCAAGCACUACAGAUUUGCUUUUGCUCCGAUCAGAGUCAAAGAACUGUUCAUCUGAGUAGCAUCGCAGAUUAAUACUAUUUUUAUUAAUCCCAUUUCUUUUGUUAUUAAAUCUAAAUUGACAGACGUAUCUUGAGGCCUUUUCAAAUGAUCCACCUCUGCUACUGUACAUUCUCGCUUGUUGCUUUGUUGUUUCCAGAUCUUUAAUUCCUGCUGCUAACAGCUCGCUCUAUUUUUCUACAGUCUUUACUUUGCCUUCAUUACCCAGAGUGCAAUACUGGUCCACAUGGGGCGAGGUCGACCUCUGGUGGCAGAUGAGAUGUUUAUUUUUGCGAGUUUGAGACUUGCAUGAAUUUAGCUCUAUGUAAAUUAGACUGUAAACGAUAAAAAUUGACAAAUGA